AUGUACAUGCUGGAGUUUCCGGUGCGUUCUCACCGAAAAUCUACUCGCCUACGCCACAAGUUCCCUAACAUGGAAGCGCUGACUGUUUGCACCUCCAGUUACCUCCAGUUUGAUUCUACUUGUCAUGGACUUUCCACUGUUAUCUCAUAUUCCAUAAGGUCGUUCAUUAAUGAGUUCCAAAUCCAAGCAAGAAUUGUGCAGAAUAAGCCCAUCCAGCUUGCACUGCUGGUGCAUGGUUCAAAAACUACCUAUGUAUCAGCCUUUGCCAACAAUGCUUCCUGGCACUUUCUAUGUGUGAGCUCGGUCGGGAAUACUGGUAAGUGGGCCAUCUGGGCGGAUGAAACACGUGGGUUCUGGGAGUUCCCUCAACUCAUCAAGCCAUAUCAGGGUUGAUGACCUUUCAUCAGUGGACAAGAGCAAGAUACAUUUGGAGGCUAUAAAAAUUAUAAGGCGCUCUGUUGGAACAUUACGCAGCUGUACAUGUGGGUUCGUGUGUUGAUCGACAGUGAUAUUCAAAGCAUGGAAAAAGUUUGUUCACCCGUUCCUUCUGGCUUCAAAUGGAGUGAGUCUGUACUGGAAAUAGAGACCUCCCUACAGUAUACUUCUGGAGCCGCGGAGGUUGUCACAGAUGAGCUGCAGUUGUGUGCUGAGUAUUCCAAUCGAGUCACACCUGUUUGUGUGUUUUCGAAUGUCACUGGUCGCACAUGUGAUUGGUCAAAUAAAGGAUGCAGAGUGUUGCCUUCAGCUUCUGAUGUCACUUCCUGCCUCUGCAACCACACCACAAACUUUGCUGUCCUCUUGAAUUAUAUGGAGCCCAGGUGGAGCACUGAACAGGAGAGCAUUUGGACGAAGCUGACAUUUAUCGGAUCCGGAGCCUCUCUCUGCGUGCUGGUGGUGACCUUGAUGCUGUUUACCGUGUUGGACAGCUUGAAAUCAGAACGGACAUCUGUUCACAAGAAUCUUUUUGUAUCUUUGACCUGUGCCCAAAUUGUCCUUCUCUGCGGUGGUUCUGCCAUGCAUAACAAGGUGGCCUGCAUGCUUGUGGCAGCUCUGAUGCAUUUGUUCUUCAUGGCAGUGUUCAGCUGGAUGCUGGUCGGGGGCCUGCUGCACUGGAGCAAAGUAGUGAGCGUUAAUUUGAGCGAGGACUGCUAUAUGAAAUACUACUACCUGAUUGCCUGGGGUCUGCCUGUGCUCAUAGUCACCAUCACGCUGGCCUCUGCUUCUGGGAAAUAUCACGCAGACGGACACUGUUGGCUCAGCGUUCAGUACGCCGGCCCCGUUAUCUUCAUCAUUAUGGUGAAUAUCAUGAUUCUGACCCCUGUGGUGGUCAACACCAUCGCCACGGCCAAGAGAAGAUCUUUGAUGAUGACCCUGAACAGCAGCCCAGAGGAACAAGUCUCUGAGCAGAUAUGGGCGGCAGUAAAAGCUGUGCUGGUUUUGUUACCAAUUCUGGGCCUGACCUGGCUUUGUGGAGUUCUGGUGCCAUUCUCCUUAGCUAUAGUUUACAUCUUCUGCCUCCUCAACUCAUUGCAAGGUCUCUUCAUCUUCCUGAUAUAUGGCGUGAACAACAUUGAGAACUACGACAGCUCCAGACCUUCCACUUCAGUAGGCAGUUCUCGGCUGGGCAGAUCUGUGCCAGACCCUCUAGACAGGCACACAGUCAACACCAGCCAGUCCAGCAGCUCAUUGACCCACAGCGACAGCAAAACGAACGACAUCAAUACCCUCAACCCAGAGCAGGAUUGGUGGGCUAGCAAGUAUGAUCAGAUAUGUAAUGAGAGCCCUCUCGCCCUUAUUGCACUGUACCAGGUGGCCAGUCACAAACCCAUGGACAUGGACUAG